AUGUAUACAGCAGUCUUACAAAGGUCUGUCACACUAACAGGCGUUAGUCGUGGUCGUCACAUAUCAUGUGUUACAUCUAACCUAGUCUGGGUCAGUGACAGAGACAGUCUCAUCUUGACAGACACAACGGGUAAAACGCUAUGUGGGCUGACAGAUAUUUACAGUGGCGAUGGCGUACACUCAGUAAUGGGGGAUGGACAACUUAUUUAUAUAGAUAGGGAUUACAACAUCAACAUACUAUCUAGAGACAACAAGACAAAGACAACUCUGAUACGUAAAUCAGAACCAUGGAGACCACACUGUGUCUUCUGUUCCCCCUUCAGUGGGAAUUUGCUGGUUGGGAACGGAAUAUAUGAUACUAGUGAAGGUCGCUUUACAGAGGCUAAAAUAACAAGAUGCAGUAGCUCUGGACAUGAACUCCAAACUAUCCAACAUGACAAAAUAGGCCAAAAACUGUAUAGCGAACCUCUGUACAUAACGGAGAACCGUAACAGAGAUGUCAUUGUGUCUGAUUACUUGAAAGGUGUAGUAGUCACCGACAGUCGUGGAAAUCAUCGCUUCUCCUACACAGGCGCCCCAUCAAAAGCACGACUUUGGCCACGUGGAAUAUGCACUGACGCACUCUCACACAUACUGAAAUGUGAUCCAGCUAAUAACGCAGUGCAUAUAAUUGACAAAAACGGUCACUUUCUGUCACUGUUGCUGACUAAAGGUCAAAAGAUGAAUAUACCACGAAGCCUGAGCUAUGAUGAGAAAACUCAUACUCUCUGGGUUGGAUCACGGGAUGAUAACAUUCUUUCGGUUUUCAACUAUAAUAGCAGCCUUUCAGGACCAAGUAGUGAAGAUCUGGAAAAGCGUAAAUAUAUCCACAAUCUCAAGAAAUAUCUCAAGAAAGAAAAAACAUCUAUUUUCCAUGCACGAGGUAUUCUUGUUGGCUGUGCAGAAGCAGGGAAAACUACUCUACUCAGACGAUUAAGAGGACUUUCGCAGGAUGAUGUUGAAGAUACCGAAUCAACCAGGGGACUAGAAGCCCAUCAGCAUGUAUUUACAGUUAGAAACAAUAUUUUAGAGGCUGCUGAAGACAGACCACAACUUUCAUUAAUCAAGGUUACCCUUUCCGACUUGAAACAAGACCGGAGCAGUAAUCAUGAUGUAACAAAAUCAGGGUUGAUUACAAGUGAUCCAUGUAAAGCCAAAACAGAGGUUUUUAAAAAGGAAGGCGAGACAGAAACCUGCAAUGUACCAAUUGAGAAACAAGAAGUUAAAGAAACAGGAAUUCAGCCCAGUGGCUCAGUAGCAAGCACAACAGAAAAAGACACAAUUUUUCUUAAAGUAUUACAUGAAAAAGAGAAAUUACCAACAGUUAGUAUGUUUGAUUUUGCCGGACAAUUGGCAUAUUAUGCCUGUCACCAGAUUUAUUUUACACCUAAUGCAUUCUUUAUUCUUGUGUUGGACUUGACUCAGAGGUUUGAAGAUGUUGUCAGCACAGAGAAAAACAACCAAGAAGGUUCAAUCUUUUCAUCAUGGACGUACAAAGACUAUUUGAAGUAUUGGAUAGCCUCAAUUAAGACGUUUGGAAGUACCAAAGCUCCAGUGUUUGUGAUAGCUACACACGCGGAAGGGAAAUCUGAAGAUGAAAUUCAAAAGUACUUUGAAGAAUUCUGGAAAUUAGUGCCAGAGGAAGACGAAGAUUGGUUCAGUCAGUCUUUGGACGAUCGUGAAUAUGCCGUGGCUCUUCUUGAGCUGAACAGUAAGAGUCAAGAGAUCCUAGAGUCAAUUAAAAAAUCUUUAGUGAGAGUGGUAACAGAAAUUAUCAACACAAAAAUUGAAGUACCCUCUUCCUGGGCUUUGUUAGAACAGCUGUUGAAGGAAGGGGUGAGAAAGGUUAUAUCCCGCGGGGAAAUUUGGGAUAUAAAUGCAACACUUCCUGUUGAAUACCAACUAAAAAAUGAAUCGGAGUUAUCAAACUUUUUAAAGUGUUUCCACCGUAAUGGUCUUCUCUUAUAUUUUGACGAAAAAAGAUUAAGAGAGCAUGUUAUAUUGGAUAUUCAGUGGUUUGCUAAUGCUUUUAACAAGCUUCUUGCUGACAAAAAUCACAUUAACAAAGAUUGUAAAAGAAAAAAUUUCAAAGAUUGGAUGUCAUUCAAUAAAACAGGGAAGCUGAAAGAGAAAUUGGUAGAUUCACUGUGGAAAGAUGAACCAUCGUAUCUGGAUCACAAAGCUGAACUCAUGUGUUACAUGGAGAAGCUUCAAAUGCUUGUUCCUCUUCAUUCCAUGGGGACAUUACCAGAAGCUGGUAUGUUAUGGUAUGUCCCAAGUAUGAAUAAAAAGCCAUUUAAACCAGACACUUGCAAAGAAAAUUGGGAGUAUUCAUCGAUAUUGUGCUUUCGAUUUACUUCUUUUGCCAUGUUUGUGUUCUACAGACUAAUUGCUUAUUGUAUGGGAUGUCUCAAAUGGAGUGUUUCAUUAGAUGAAGACAAUGAAGGUAGUCCAUGCCUUUUUCAGACAGCAGCAAUUUUUGAUCAUAAAGAACAUACUGUUGUCGUUGGUAUAUGUAAUAACGAUGUACAGUUGCAAGUGAUGCGAAUAAAACCUCUGGUUAUUGAAACUGCAAUUUCAAUUGAAAUUGGAGAUGCAAUUGAAACUGCUUUAGAAAAACUGACAAAAAUGAUUCAUGAGGAAAAAAAAUUUCUUAAAGGAUACAAAUGCCAAAACAUUAUAUGCAAUGAAGAGGAUACGUCAUUUACUCUCUCCAGUGAGCUUAUCAAGGUCAAGACUGAUGAAACACAAUGUCAAUGCUGUCGGUUUCCGGGUAGACAUGCAAUAAACAUCCAAAGAACCAUCGGCUUUUGGGAGAAGAGAUUUGUUUCAAAGGCGAAGUUCAGGAAAAGGCGGUUAAGCGACAAAGAUUCACAGUCAGGAAAGAAAUUACCAAAAACAGCACCGGCUUAUCCCUUCUUUAAAGGAACGUCACAGAGAGAUGUUAUAUUAAACCAUAUUAAAGUAGAGGUCAGCCGAAGUGUAGGGCUUAUUCACAUUGACGACCAACCAGCAGGAACAGGUUUUCGUAUAAUUAAAUUUUCAUUUUGCAAUACAGAAGCACCACAUUUCAUCGAUUCUAGUCGAGUCUACAUACAAUUUGAGAGAAAGCUCCUCCUCCAAAACGUUGAGCCACACAAUCUAUUGCAUUUCGAACCAACAUUGAAUUAUUUGAAUGAAAGUUUGGAUGUUGCUGUUUUGGAGUUGAAAACCGAUCAAGAACAGAUUCCCCCAGCUUUAACUUCCUUUAGUUAUAUGCAGUUUCCCUCCGAAGUUCAUCUUAUCGGCCAUCCCGGUGGUGCGCAGAUGAAGGAAGACAGCGAAGUUUAUCCCUGUGUUAUUGAACCAAACAACGAUGCUGAAAACUACUUAAGACACUUGAGUGAAUGGAGUGUAAAUUAUUUUCCAGACGGAGUUGAUUACUAUCAAGAAUUACUUAAUCCACCCAGGAAAAUUCUUUUUCAUACAACUUUUGACAUGGGAUCUUCAGGAUCUCCUGGUGUUGUUAUAAAGAAUCACAGACACUGUGUUGUUCUCAUGGUCAGAGGUGGAACCCCAGCAUGUUUUUACGAGAAUAAAUUUCCCAAUUUUACUGUUGAAGACCGAAAGAGAGUCGAGUAUGGAUAUGCCAUGGAAGAUAUUUUUAAAGAAAUGAUUUUUUCCUCGAAUCAACGCAUCAAAGAUUUAGCAUAGGACAUAUUUAGAGAAUGGGUAUAGAUAUAUAACUUGAAAAUAUGAAAAGAUACCAACUUGAACAAUAUUUAUUUUAGAAACAUUGAUAUUUAAAUUAUUUUCCUGUAAGAAGAAUGGUUUAAAAGGCUUGCAGAAUGCAUAUAUAGUGCAUCAAUCCUAAGGGUGAAAAAUUGAUUGAUUGUGUAUUGUUUAACGUCCCUCUCGAGAAUUAUUUACUCAUAUGGAGACAUCACCACUUGCCAAUGGAGAGCUGCAAAAUUUGUCCUAUGCACGGCACUCGGGGCCAACAGGGAGAGAUCUUUUUGUGCCAGGACCUACUGGGACAAGUUUCCUCGAUUUAUAUGGUCUCAUCCGAAGGACCGGUCUCUACGUCCCACAGUGGGAUUCAAACUCGGUGAAAAAUUAAAUCACAAUUACAUAACUUUAUUUUACACCUCUCAUCU